CCCUGCAACGCCAACCUCCCGUUCUAAUCCUGCGCAGUACACUCGACAUUCAUACCCCCCCCAAUCAGCUCUUCUACCCAAACGGUGCAUUACAUCACGCGCCGAUAUCCAAACUUCUAGUUCAGCGUUACUCGUGUAUGGGCCCGCAAGUCUCACUGCCUGUGGUUAGGCAUUCCUGGCACCGCAGCAAACGUUUUGCGCAUCGUCUUUUAACAUCAAACGGCACUAACAAUCCCACUCGGUGGACAUUGUCCCUGCCCCGGAUUGUGUACUGUCAAUUCGUCCAAUCCUUAUUCGUGGUCUCGUACUCAGGUUUGGCUUUCUGGACAUCACUCGCACACCAAGCGGCGCUUACACGACGUGCCAAAUGGUGCGAUCAGACACGAACCUCAACCUUACCCUUCUGCCACCCUCGACCUUCUGCACCCACCAAUUGUGCCAUCCAAUCCGUGUUAGUGGACUCGUAUUCACAUUCACCACUUGUGCACCACGUGCCCGAAACCCUGUGCUUGAGUGACUUGAGAAACGGCGGUGCAAUUAGACAAGAACACCGUGCGCUCGCCACCGGCCUACCCCGUGUACUCCAUACCCCGUAGCAAAUACCUUUAUAAGAGUAGUUCCAACGCUACGCCCCUCUCUCCCCGUCAUUGAGGGCUAACAAUCUCGUU